AUGGCAGAAACAACUCCUGAUGCUUCUGAGAAACUAGUUGUCAUCCACUCCAAAGCUCACAAAGAUACCAUUCUAGCUAAUUUUGAAGAACAAAGGAAAAAGGAUUUUCUUUGUGACAUUACUCUAAUAGUGGAGAAUGUGCAAUUCAGGGCCCACAAAGCUUUGCUUGCUGCCAGCAGUGAGUAUUUCUCAAUGAUGUUUGUAGAUGAGGGUGAAAUAGGGCAGUCUAUUUACAUGUUGGAGGGAAUGGUUGCAGACACCUUUGGAGCAUUGCUAGAAUUUAUCUACACUGGUUGCCUCCGUGCCAGUGAAAAAAGCACAGAACAAAUUCUGGCUACUGCACAGCUGCUGAAAGUGACUGACUUGGUAUGGGCCUGUACAGACUAUCAGGCCAGCCGUAGCCCAAGUAAUGCAUUACCAGCUCCAGCUAACAGUGGAGCCUCUGUAGCCAUUAUUGCAAGCAACAAGAAAAAUGAAGAUCCACCAAAGCGAAAACGAGGGCGACCGAGGAAAGUCAAGAAUGUUCAAGAAGAAAAGUCAGGAGCAAAUUCUGCUGAAGAUGUGCAGCUGAGAGAGAACAACUCUGUGCAAAAUAAGCAAAAUUUUAUGAAAAAAGACAUUGCAGCAGAGGAAACAGUUGCCAGCGAACAGACUCCAGUGAGGAAAGAUGCAGAAGAAAAUGAACAUGCUUGUGGCUCAGAAGCUGCUGUUGAUCUGUCAGCUGAGAAAGAUGAGAAUUAUGAUCCGAAAUCUGAAGGAAUACAGGGCACUCAGAGCCGUUACAGCAAACGUAGAAUAAGGAGAUCAAUCAAACUAAAAGAUUAUAAACUCCUCAGUGAUGAGGACGAAAAAGGACUGGCAAAGAGAACAGACGGAAAACGAAAACGUGCAGGUUCUGAAGCUCGCUGUAAAGACUGUGGCAAAGUAUUUAAAUAUAAUCACUUCUUAGCUAUUCAUCAGCGAAGUCAUACAGGGGAGCGCCCUUUUAAGUGCAGUGAAUGUGGCAAAGGCUUUUCCCAGAAGCAUUCUCUUCAAGUCCACGAGCGGAUGCACACUGGAGAACGGCCAUACACGUGCACCGUCUGCAGUAAGGCUCUGACAACAAAGCAUUCUCUUCUGGAGCAUAUGAGCCUACAUACAGGGCAGAAGGCUUUUACAUGCGAUCAGUGUGGGAAAUACUUCAGCCAAAAGAGACAGCUCAAGAGCCACUAUCGAGUACACACAGGCCAUUCGCUGCCGGAAUGUAACCAGUGUCGUCGCAAAUUCAUGGAUGCUGCUCAGUUAAAGAAACAUCUGAGAACACAUACAGGUGAGAAGCCCUUCACUUGUGAAAUUUGUGGCAAAUCAUUUACAGCUAAAAGUUCUCUUCAGACUCACAUUAGAAUUCACAGAGGAGAAAAGCCAUAUUCUUGUGGCAUAUGUGGAAAAUCCUUCUCUGAUUCCAGUGCCAAGAGAAGACACUGUAUCUUACACACAGGCAAAAAGCCUUUCUCCUGCCCAGAAUGUAGUUUGCAGUUUGCUCGCCUGGACAACCUGAAGUCUCAUUUGAAAAUUCAUAGCAAGGAAAAGCAGUUUCAGGAAGCCCGCGCUGCCCCAAGCACCAGUGCCAAUUCGGAAGUGAGAAACAUUCUUCAGCUGCAGCAGUAUCAACUUGCCACCUCUGGAGGGCAGGAAAUUCAACUGCUGGUUACAGAUGCAGUACACAAUAUAAACUUCAUGCCUACUCACAAUCAAGGCAUUAGUAUUGUUACUGCAGAAAAUGCCCCAAAUAUGACAACAGAGCAGGCUGCUGACCUCACGCUGCUUGCUCACCCACCACAGCAGUUGCAAAACUUGCUGCUUUCAGCUCAGCAGGAGCAAGCAGAACAGAUCCAAAGUAUCAAUAUGAUUGCAAACGAAAUAGAGACUGCCCAAGCUGAACAAAUGCAUGUCUUUUUUUCCAAGGAAGCACUAGAACAUCUCCACGCUCAUCAAGGACAAAAUGAAGAAAUCCACUUAGCGGGAUCUUCACAUCCAGCUCAGCAGGUGCAGCUGACUCAGGAAUCAAGUCAACAAUCUCACUCUAGCCAAGUUCCUUCCCAUCAGAUCAGUGAAGAACAGAAUCAAAGUGUACAUGUUUCUGAAUCCCAUCAGCAGUCUCUGUCAGUAAAUGAGUCAUCUCAUGAGCAUCCUGUUCAAGGACAGGCUUUCUGA